CCUCGACACCGUAGAAGAACCAAGACUACGGCCCAUCUCAACAUCGCGCCAACCUACACCUACAGCUAAACCACACUCAGAGUUUAGCGUCCAUUUUCCUCCUUAGCUUUAGGAAGUUUAACCGGCGCCAUGGCCGAUAAGAUGAGCAUGUCUCUGGACGACAUUAUCAAGUUGAACAAGAUAGAUGGCCGCGAAGGAGAAGGAGGGCGCUUCAGGCGGGGAGGAAGUUCAGGUCGAGCCGGUGGAUCGUCGAGGCCGCCGAUGGCAACGAGGGGCAGACCGAACAACUUCCAGCGUGAUAGGAACAACAGAGCCGCUCCAUACACCAGACCCAGAGAGCUGCCAGACAAAUGGCAACACGACAUGUUUGAGGAAACUGAAGGCGGACGAAGCGAGAGACCAGAAAGAAGAGUAGACGACGGCAGCAAGCUUCUGAUUUCUAAUCUGGAUUUCGGUGUCUCUGAUUUAGAUAUUAAGGAGCUGUUUGAAGAAUUUGGCCCCAUAAAGACUGCAUCCGUACACUAUGACCGGUCCGGCCGCAGUAAAGGAAUGGCAGAUGUCCAUUUUGUGAAUAAAGCUGAUGCCGUCAAAGCCAUGAAGCAUUAUAACGGUGUUCCUCUCGAUGGUCUCCCUAUGAAAAUCCAACAAGCAUCGUCAGAAGUUAGACCUCAGAGUUCAAGCAGAGGUUUUGACCGAAGCAGGCUCGGUCAGCCACGAUUUGAAAGGAGACCAGGUGGGAGCAGUGGAGGUUUCCGAGGUCGAGGAAGGGGAGGAGAUAGAAGACCCCAGCUGUCUGCAGAGGAGCUGGACGCUCAGCUGGACGCUUACAAAUCAGAGUGUCGGAUGGACACCAGUUAAAAACGCUCAGGGUUCUACUUUCUACGGUUUCCUUUUUUUCUUUUAGUUUUUUUUUGACCAAUGUAUCAUCCAUCUUUUUGAUGGCAGAUUAUUUUAUGGACAACGGUGUAAACAUUCUAUUGUACAUAUUUUUUAUUGCCAUUUCUCAGCCAAUUUUGUUUGGAGAGUUAUAUUCUGUUUAUUUUCAUAAAUAAUUCCCCGUAACAUUCAAUUCCAUUUGUUUAGU